CAGUGCAUAUCGAUAUUAAUAUUAAGUUUUGCCGAUGGAUAUUUUGUCAAAAUAUUCAAACGGUCAGAUUGAAGAAAGUUACUUCAAAAUAAAAAUGGAAGGAGGCUAUGGUUGGAUGCGAGAAUUUCUGUCGUCUUGCCGAGGAGGACGUGGGGGAGGGCGCAAUAUGGUUAUGGCCUAUGACUAUGGGCUCCCGUGCAGCUGUCAUUGCCACUUUGUGCAAAGUCACCUUUGGACCGGACCGAAACGGCCGGCCUGCCAGGGAGCUAAUUAUGGUGCACCCUCCAAUCCCCCAGCAGCUCCCACUGCUACUCCGGCAGCUGCAGUUGCUCCAGCCGAGGAUGAUCCGCCACCACAAGUGGACUAGUACAUUCCCCCGCAAAAUACUAAAAUAAGGUUGGGAAGCAUAGGAGCUUGAGUUCGGAAAGAUACACAAGGACAUCUAAUACAGUGAGCUUGAAGACACUACACAAAAAGAGAACAUAUUGUACUUGCAUGUGCUUUGCUUUCAAUGUGUAUGUUAACAGUAGUUAACGCACAUAUUGAAAUAAAUAAUAAAUAAGAAAUAAUAUUAAAAUAUUUAAAACAAA